AGUUCCUGUACAAAACCCAAGAAAGAAUCUUCCCCAAAAUCCAUUGUGGCCGUCCCAAUAUAUACAGUUGGGUUUUUUACAUCUCUCUGAUUCCCUUUUUAUCUCUUCCCCUUUUUCUCCUUCUUAAAUAGGGUAUAUACCCCAUUUUAUGCCUAUAUAGCACAAGCCACCAUAGCUAAAUUUGGUGAAUUUGAUGAUUUGGGUCGGUUAAAAAUACGAUCUUUCUAAUACCCUUUUGAAAUCUCAGCUCAGAUUUGUAAGUCAAUAGGUUUUUCUUGCUGGUGUAUAGGACAUACUUAUAGGGGUCAAGAUGGAUACGCAGAACCCGGAACAUGGACGUGUAAUUGAGGUAAGUGUUGACAUAACAGGUCAAGAAAAGGGGACUAAAAUCUGUGGUUCAGCACCGUGUGGAUUCUCAGAUGUUAACACCAUGUCUAAGGAUGCACAGGAGAGAUCAGCAUCCAUGAGGAAACUGUGCAUUGCAGUUGUUCUCUGCAUCAUUUUUUAUGGCUGUCGAGGUUUGUCGGAGGUAUUAAAAGCCAACAGUCUUGCAAUUUUGACGGAUGCGGCUCAUCUACUGUCAGAUGUUGCAGCUUUUGCAAUAUCCUUGUUUUCACUCUGGGCAUCAGGAUGGGAAGCUAAUCCACGCCAGUCCUAUGGUUUUUUUAGAAUUGAGAUACUUGGGGCAUUAGUUUCUAUCCAAAUGAUAUGGCUUCUAGCUGGGAUCCUUGUUUAUGAAGCCAUUGCCCGACUUAUACAUGAUACAGGUGAAGUUAAAGGCUUCCUCAUGUUUGUGGUGUCUGCGUUUGGAUUAGGAGUGAACCUCAUCAUGGCACUCUUGUUAGGUCAUGAUCACGGCCAUGGACAUGGACAUGGACACGGUCAUGAACACAGUCAUAGUCAUGAAGAGCAUGCUCAUAGCCACAGUGAUCAUGAACACGGCCACGGUGAGCAUACACAUAUACAUGGAAUUAGUGUUAGCCGACACCAUCACCAUAAUGAGGGACCUUCGAACCGAGAUCAACACAUCCAUGCACAUGACACUGAUCACACUGUGCCUCUACUUAAGGAUUCCUGUGAGGGUGAAGGUGUUUCAGAAGGUGAAAAAAAGAAGAAGCAGCGGAAUAUAAAUGUUCAGGGGGCUUAUCUUCAUGUACUAGGAGAUUCUAUUCAGAGCAUAGGGGUCAUGAUUGGAGGAGCUAUCAUAUGGUAUAAACCAGAAUGGAAAAUCAUUGAUCUAAUUUGCACUCUCAUUUUCUCUGUCAUUGUUCUUGCCACAACCAUUAGGAUGAUUCGGAGUAUUCUUGAAGUAUUAAUGGAGAGCACACCGAGAGAAAUUGAUGCAACAAGGCUUGAGAAGGGGCUUUGCGAGAUGGAGGAGGUUGUUGCAAUCCAUGAAUUGCACAUUUGGGCGAUUACAGUCGGGAAAGUACUCUUGGCUUGCCAUGUCAAGAUUAAACCUGAUGCCGAUGCUGACAUGGUGCUGGAUAAGGUUGUCGAUUAUAUUAGGAGGGAAUAUAACAUUAGCCACGUAACCAUUCAAAUAGAAAGAGAGUAGUGUGGAGGUAAAGUUUGUUUGGCUGUUGUACUGGUCAUUUGCUUCUUUAUUCUUUCGGAUAUUUGUUCAAACGGAAAACAUCAUCUGGCUAAGCGGUUCCAGUAUCCGUUUCGUUUUAGUAAAUCAUGGUCUUUUAGCAUGUUGGCUUGCUUUACUUCUCUCCUUUGUCCAUGAAAUCAAUAUCCUCAAGUUCAGUUUAUGUUCUGUUUGGCUCUUAAUUACAGCAUAACACCAUGGUUUGAAAUAAAGUUGAGGUAUCUAAGUAUAUCGUGUCCUUUUCAUUCCGACGUUAAUGUAUGAGAUGAAGAGUCAGCUUCCAAUAUUAAGUUUGUUGUUCCUCAAUUGCUCAAUGAUAGACGUCAAUUGUAAACCAAUUGGUCAUAGAUUUGAAUU